AUGGCACCCUCACAGCGGAUCAUAAUCGACACAGACCCCGGCAUCGACGACGUUUUCGCCAUCCUCUUAGCGUUGUCAGCCAAGGCAGAAGAGCUGGAAGUCGUCCUAAUAUCUGUAACAUUCGGUAACGUGGAAGUUCGUUCUUGUCUCAGAAAUAUCGUCGCCAUCUUCCAGGUCCUCGAAAAAGAACUCAAAUGGAGACGUGAAAAUGGUAAACCCGAGGGCUUCGAGGGGAUGACCAAGUACAAGCCCUUAGUGGCUGUUGGGGCCAACGGACCUCUACACGAGCAGCUCCUGAUGGCUGAUUACUUUCAUGGUCCGGACGGUCUGGCUGGGAUUCAUGAGAGCCAUCCCCAUCUAUCGCCUAAGGAUACGUGGCAAAAGCUUUUUGAGAGACCGCCGCCAGAUACGGUGAUCUCGGAGGUCGUGGACGAUCAAGAGUUGGCGGCAGAACAGUCAUCUUUUCGACCAUCGCUGGUGCCGGCCCAUCAGGAGAUUUUGCGUGUCUUGAGAGAGAACGAAGCGGAUACGGUUACGGUGGUGGCGAUUGGGCCAUUGACGAAUCUUGCUUUGGCUGCUGCCGAGGACACGGAGACUUUUCUGCGGGUGAGAGAGGUGGUCACGAUGGGUGGAGCGAUUGAUCUGUGUGGGAAUGUGACACCUGUCGCAGAGUUCAACGUCUUCGCCGACUCGGUAGCCGCCGCUCGAAUCUACGCCCUCACCUCUGCCAACCCGUCCUCCACCAUGCCACCCACUCCCACCCACGUCGACCCAUCAUCUGUCCUCCCGCCCUACCCAACCACCCUCUCCCGCCCUCUGAAGCUAACCCUCUUCCCGCUCGAUAUAACCGAACUCCACACCCUCACCCGCGGCCUCUUCAACACCCUCACCCGACCCCUCAUUCAAUUGCCUAGCCCAUCGCCGUUAGCAACCUGGCUAACCGCCUUCAUGCAACCGAUGUUCACUAAAAUUGAAUCUCUUCACCACACCUCCACCAACUCCUCCUACCAAACCGCAUCUAGCGGAGACAGCAACGACAGUAAUUCCGCGUCCCUCUCCCUCCACGACCCGCUCUGCAUCUACUAUAUCCUCACUCACUCCUCCGCAAAAUGGAUGCGCAGCGCCCAAAGCCCCGAAGACAUCCGCGUCGACACGACGGGCCAGUGGACGAGGGGCAUGACGGUCGUGGAUCGGAGGAGGAGCCGGAAGAGAAGAGGUAGCGAGGGAGCGAGAUCCUAUGAUCUGGGCGAUUGGCUAGGGUCUAACAGUGGGAAUCGGGUAGUCAGGAUGGUGGGAGGUCCGCGUCAAGGAGAAGAAGCAUUCGGGAGAGAGAUGUUGGAGAGGGAUAUUCCCUACAUCCGCACCCUCGGCUUCCCAUACGUACGAUCAAGUGACUCUGAUCUCGACUGUCCAGAAAGCCUCGGAUCCAGCGCCCAUGCAAUCGAAGCAGUCCGGCCCACCGUCAUUGCGCUGGUCAGUGCGCAACGCCAAUAA